UUCGUGAUACAGUGGUCUCCCGAUCGCGGACACGGGCGAGACCCUGAGGUUCGAAAGGCUCCCUGACAGCUAAAAACGCGUCGAAACGAAUUAACGGUCAGUCGAUCAGUGUCGCGGCCUAGGUCGUCGUCGAUGGGCUUUCGACCAUACGCAUCAUGGAAUUGAUUUGGAUACUCGUUCUAUUCUUCGGGUUCGUAUACCCGUCCCAGCCGUCACACCUCGAAGUGGCUUACCAGUGGAAAUAUCUCGAUUGGGUUUGGCCAAAUAUACUUCUGACGGGAAAAAACUAUACGCUGGGCAAUGCCUUCACACAAGACGUGGAUAUCGACAGACAAGGUCGUGUGUUUGUGACGAGUCCACAGUGGUUAAAUGGUAUACCAAUUAGUUUAUCUUUGGUGACUAAGGCGCAGGGUUCUGGUGGUCAUUUACUUAUACCGUAUCCCAAUUGGUCCUGGCACGUAUCUUUUAGUUGCGACAACAUCGUAUCUGUCUACAGAAUAGCGAUCGACGAGUGCAAUCGUUUAUGGGUGGUCGAUUCUGGCAGAGUAAUGAUGAAAGCGGUUUGCCCUACGAAAAUAUUGAUCUUCGAUCUUGCCACGGAUCAGCUGAUCCAUAAAUACGUGGUACCGGAUGAUCAAGUGCUGUACGGGAAGGCAGGAUUAGUUACGCCAAUCGUCGACGUCGGAAAAACGUGUCUUGAUACUUAUCUCUAUGUGGCGGACGUGGAUCAAAAUGGACUAGUGAUUUAUGACUUAUAUCGCGACCAUUCCUGGCGAGUAAACAACACCCGUGGCAACGCUUUUGGCCCGGAUGAGGAUGCUAUGAAUAUUACGAUCGCCGGCGAAUGGUUUGAUCUGACUGAUGGUACGCUCGGUAUGUCACUGUCACCGUUAGGAUAUUUUAAUCACAGAUAUCUGUAUUUUAACUCACUCGCGAGCUACUAUCAGAAAUAUGCGGAUACGGUUUCGUUGAAGCAAAGCAAAUUCAGAGAGCCAGUGAUAUUUCAAUCAAAUUACAAGCGCGCGAGCCAAGCGGGCGUGCAGGCGACCUCUCGAAGAGGCGUAAUAUUUUUCCAAUUGGUCCAAUUAACUGCCAUUGCCUGUUGGGACAUCGGGAAACCAUUUACUCCGGAGAACGUCGUGAUAAUAGCACAAGACGAGGAGACUCUGCAGUACGUGAGCGGCAUUAAGGUGAUCACGAAUAGGGCCGGCGAGGAAGAAUUAUGGUUCAAUACCAACAGACUUCAGAAGACGAUAAACAUGAGCCUCAAACCGACGGAGAUAAACUUUCGAAUAAUUAGAGGAAAGGUCGACGAUAUCAUUCGCGGUACAAAUUGCGAGCCGUCCGGCGUGAGGACGGCAACACCGGACAUCGUUUUUUGGCAUCAAAUAUAACUUGCCAGGACAUUUUAUGCCUUUCAUUACCUCACUUCAAAUGCUUUUAAAAUGUUCCUGUUUCAUUUGCCAUUGAAAUUGUGUCGGAUGAAUGAAAUGAUGAGCGUUAACGAAGACUUUUCCAAAUAAAUUCGCGCAUAAUAUGAUGCGUCUUGACAAAACUCCAUCGCACUCUUUCUUCCGCAUCAAGUUUCACAUCCAGAGAUAGAUUUGUAACUAAAAGCGACGGAUCGUUCGCAUAUCCGCGCACGACCGAAUAGAAGGACGGAGUGGCAGCGAGCUCUGCGAAUGACAGCCGGAGCGUGUAGCAAUUUAGUUAACCGUUUCAUUGCUGCCUUUUGAGAUGUAACGAUGAGGUCUGUCGGUGACACGAGCGCCGCCGCGAGCCCCGAAUGUUUCGACAGGGUGGCUUGACGCCGUCAGUAACGGGGACUGUCGAGUUCACAGCAGAGCAGGAGGAAAGGGGAGACGACGAAUUUCUUGUCGACGAAGUUUUACCGGGCUUUUAGGUGUGCCGCCGCUGAUUCUGCGGUAGUGCCGGAUUCGGAAUAAAUGCGCAUUCACGGGGAAUUGUUCGCGUUACUACCCCCCGGGAUACCAAUAGGGCGCGCGCGAUUCCGAGAAAUUCGUGUCACCUACUUCUCUUUCUACGGCGCGGUUCGGCGUGUGACUAAUGGCGGCAUAUUCAUGGCGCACCCUCCCGACACCACCCGAUCCUCCCUCUUACGAAGCUCUGGCAGUUAACCUCAGACAACCCCUUCGUCGCGAUAAUAUACGGCUGCCCUUAAAUUUUCGUUCCCCUCCGGCAUACUUGUUCGGCCUAUCUCACCUCGUGGAGCAAGAGCACACUCUUCUUUCCGGAAUAACUUUGGCCAACCCUGCGAUUAUUAUUACCAGGUCAAAUCAAUUUUUUUCUCUGCGAUUACGUCAGUGCGUACAUAAUGAAAACUCGUUAAUCAUUGAUAAGAUGAGAACGUGAGAGAUAUUGCUAUGCUCUCUUAAACUAUGUCUGUGUCAAAGUACGUGUCUUCCUCUUCUUGAACAUAUCGACCUGUGUUUAUCUUUAUAUCACGUAUGAAUAUUAAUCGGUACAAUUAUGUUAAAAUAACGUUGUGUCUAUCAGGUGAAACUAGUCGUACGAUGAAGCACAUUUUCCGCGGCACAGUCGAGUACGCUUCCACGAUCAUGAUCGUUACCUUAAAGGCAGGAUGUGGAAUUACUUAAGGAACGAUAGUUCCUUCGCGGUAAAAUCACACCGUGAGUUCGGUAUGUCCGCGACGCGGAGGACGGAUGUCGCAAAUCGUUUUACGAGGAUAGUUUUAGAACGACUUUACGAGAAUGGCUUGGAAUUUUGAAAUAAAUUUGCAUCAGUUUUACUACCCCUGAUAUACAUAACUACCGGUGUUUGGCACUGAUACUCGCGCGUACAGGGCCCGAACGGCCCAGACUAGCGAUACUUCAGUGCUCGCCGUCGACGAUACAUCAUGGAAACCACCUAUUGAAGAAAAAAGACACGUGUAUUCUAGCCGUUCUUUUUUUUUUUAUUACUCCCGGGACGAUAGACACGCAUUUACGUAAUAUCUCUUCGAUCUCCAAAAAGAAAUGAUAAUAAAUUGGCAAUAUCCGUGAUAUUCCCAGUU